AUGAGCGACCAGGAAGUUAGCAAUAAUGAUAUAGAUCAAGAUAUAACCGUUGUCAGUGAAUUUAUUCCGAAAGCUCAUAGUUUUCAAUCGUUUGUUGAUCACUAUGGAGCAGAUGAAACACAUCUAACUCGAACAGAUUAUAUUAAGCACUAUUUUCAAAAGCAUUGCGGAUCGUUCAGUUUUUUGUGCUGUCUCAAUGCAAUCCUCGAACGGAUUCCAUUAAUUCGAUGUCUCAAAGAUUACAAAAUACGUCAAAAUCUCUAUGGAGAUAUCAUGGCUGGUAUCAUCGUCGCGAUCAUGCAUAUACCCCAGGGAAUGGCUUAUGGCGUUUUAACAACAUUACCACCGGUUCAUGGGUUAUAUGUAUCGUUCUAUCCAGUGGUUGUGUAUAUGAUUUUUGGCACAUGUCCACACCUAUCCAUUGGAACGUUUGCUGUGAUAUCACUGAUGGUCGCUCAAGCGAUAGAAGGUAUCCUUAGUUCACCGAUGCACGUGAUAAACAAUGGAAAUGAGACAUUUUCCAAUGAAUCAAUACCUUCGUUGAUUGAUGAGAAAAUUCGUAUAUCAACUACGCUUGCUCUUCUUGUCGGUCUCAUUCAAGUUCUUUUGUUCUUUCUACGUCUCGGCUUCUUAAGUGUUUAUUUAACUGAACCGUUCAUCAGUGGUUUUACGUCAGGCAGUGCUGUUCACGUUCUUACGAGUCAACUUCCACUCAUGUUCGGGGUGAAAAGUCCGCGCGGAAUCCAGGGCCCAUUUAAGAUACCGAAAUUCUAUAUAAAACUAGUUCAUAUAGUUCUUCGCCGUAUUAAUUGGGUAUCAAGUGCGAUAGGGCUCACUUCUGUAGUUCUUUUAUACUUCGCGAAAUAUUUAAACGAACGAUUUAAAGCAAAAAUUCGCAUUGUACUCCCAUUAGAAUUAGUUUUGAUAAUCAUUGGAACAGUUCUUUCACAUUUUACUCAUCUACAUGAAGACUUUGGUAUAUCAAUUGUCGGAGAAAUAAAACGAGGUUUGCCACCGCCGGCCUUGCCCACAUUUGAUCACGUCAAUCAACUGAUCGUACCGGCAAUCACAAUUGCUGCUGUGAGUUUUUCGAUUUCGAUUUCCAUGGCCAAAAUGUUCAGUCGAAAACACGGUUAUAAAGUCAGUUCAAAUCAAGAAUUGUUAGCUUACGGAAUGGCCAAUGUGCUUUCAUCGUUCUUUCAAUGUUAUCCAAAUGCUGGCUCAUUGAGUCGUUCGGUUGUUCAAGAAGGUAGUGGUGGGAAAACAUUGCUGAUUGGAGGAUUUUCUUCGAUCGUUUUGGCUUCGGUUAUCGUGGCGCUGACGCCAUUGUUUCGUUCAUUGCCCAUGACUUGUUUAGCAGCGAUUAUCAUUGUUAAUCUAAAGGGCCUUAUAUUUCAAAUCAAAGAUCUGAUCUUUUAUUUCCGAAUUAGUUUGCUUGAAUGCAUUCUAUGGACGAUGACAUUCGUGUCCGUUGUUUUGUUCGAUGUAGACAUUGGUUUGUACGUUGGUAUAUGUACAUCCUUCGUGAUCAAUACCGUACGAACUCAAAAACCUCGUUUUGUCACACUUGGUCAAGUUGAUACGACAGGAAUCUAUAAAAAUAUUGUUUAUUUUCCUUUGGCACAUCAAUAUGAUCGCAUCAAGAUACUUCGUUUCGAUGAAUCUCUCUAUGCAUGUAAUUCCGUAUUUUUUAAGCGGAAAUUUUACGAACUCAUUGGUAUACAAAACAUACAGUCGCCAAUCAUUCCGUAUGGAAAGAGUAAAGACACUCACGCUCGUGAAUCUCCUUAUAAAUGUGUUAUUCUCGAUUGUUCACCAUUCAAUUAUAUCGAUACAGUCGGUGUCAAAUUACUCGUCGAUAUUUUUCAUGAUCUGAACAAGCGAGGAAUAGUUUUCUUCUUGAGUGAAUGUCGCUUCGAAGUUCGUCAAAAAUUUGAUGUAAUGAAGUUUUAUGAGAAAAUUGAUUUUCAUAAAAUCUACGUGACAACCCAUGACGCAGUUGAAGCUGCGAGAGAUUCUCUAAAUCAUGGUAUGUCCGCAUUCGAUGCACUAUUCAUUAAAAAAAAACGUUUUUCUGUUCUUAAUAGAGUUGUUGAACAGUUCAGCAGUGUUCGUGCCUGUGACCCAUUCGUAGUUUAG